AUGCAAAAUGAAGCACCAAUAUUGCUACCACGAAAACGACGAUCAUCAUCGAAGAAAAUGGCACCUUCUGUGGAAUGUUUCCUUAUUACAAUGCUGUUUGUAAUCGCUGUUCAGGGUACUUAUCUUGCAUAUGUAGUUGGCAUAUUAACAAAUCUGGAACGACGAUUUAGCAUAUCGAGUAAAAAAUCCGGUUCUUUAUUAUCAUUUUAUGAUAUUGGUCAUACGAUUUCUGUGAUACUAAUUGGCUUUCUGGCUAAUGAUAAGCAUUUGCCCAGAAUUACAGCUACAGGUGUGAUAUUUAGUGCUAUCUCGAUGUUUAUAUUAGCCCUACCAAUGGUAUUAUUUGGAGCGGAAUCAUUCGAUGAGUCAUCGAUGUCACAACAUGAACACGAAUACAUUCUUAGAAAUAUUUGUGAUCCAUCACGAAUUCCUAAUGAUUCCGAGCAAAAUUGUAAACUUCAAGAGGAUGAACAUUUUUUGGCAUUUUGCAUUCUGGUCAUUGGUCAAAUCCUAGCUGGUAUUGCUGCUGCACCAUUCAAUACAGUGGCUUAUGUUUAUGUGGACAAUAAUUUGGCAGAUAAAACAAAAUCACCAUUUUACUUGAGUUUGCUAUCCAGUAUGUAUGCAUUUGCGCCAGCUUUUGGAUUUGCAUUAAGUGCAGGUGUCACACAAUUGUAUACGACAAUUGUUAAUGUACCUUCAAAUGUGGCAAUUAAUAGUGAUGAAUGGAUUGGAGCCUGGUGGCUUGGUUUCAUCAUCUUUGGCUUACUUUACUUAGUCAGUGCUAUUCCACUACUUUUCUUCCCCAAACAACUGCUGCAGAAUGAUUCAAAUUCGUUUGAAAUGCAACAAUUAAGAUGCAGAAAUGAAUGUUCACAUGAUCAUGAUGAUCAUCAAAUUGCUAUUCCUGAAAAUGACGAACAACGGCAAUGGACAUCCUGCGAACAGCUAAAAGCGGCUUUUGCAGAAUUUCCGGGAUUAAUAAAGAAUCCGGUAUUCACUUCAAUGAUAAUUGGAUGGAUGUUUGGCUCAUAUCUUACCAGUGGUUAUAGCACUUAUCUACCAAAAUAUAUUGAAACACAAUUUGGUCGUAGCGCAUCAGUUGCUGAUACAUAUGCUGGCAUAGUAUCAAUUGGUAGUAUAGCAGUUAGCACAGCGCUCGGUGGUUAUUUGCUAACAAAAUUUAAUCCAUCACCUCGAAAAGCGUUACUUUUCCUGAUUGCUACUUGGUCGAUUAUUGUAAUUGCAUAUUUGAUCGGUGCUAUUGUUGGUUGUGAUGAGCCAGAAAUCAAACAACUUCUUAGUGAAAUCAUCGAUAUUAAUCAAGAAAAAUUCACUGAUAAUUUAGAAUGUAAUCUUGAUUGUCAAUGCAAUCAAGUUAAUCUCUUUAAUCCAGUAAAUUAUCACACAAUGAAUUAUUUCUCACCAUGUCAUGCUGGUUGUCGUAAAUAUAAUUUUCACUUGCAAAAAUGGGAUUCGUGCUUAUGUGCUGAUAAUGGCGCUGUUGAAAAUGGCUUAUAUGCAAAUGAGUGUAAUGCAAUAUUCAUUUAUGUUGCAGUAAUGUUUACAGGCCUAUUUUUUGGCAAUUUAUUUUUUAUGACAACAAUGAUGGUUGUGCUGAGAUCUGUAUAUGAUGAUGAAAAAGUUCUAGCACUUAGCUUUGCAUCCUGCAUCACAAACAUUAUGGGCUUUAUUCCGGCACCAAUAAUUUUUGGUUGGAUUAUUGAUGAAGAUUGUAUGUUAUGGCAUAGCAGAUGUCCUCAUGAUCGUGGUAAUUGUGUCAUCUAUGAUAAUAAAGCAUUUCGACAAACAUUUCAUUUUACAAGUGCUGGCUUUCAAACUUUUGCUGUAAUUUCAGUUAUAAUUUGCUAUUUGUUUAGUUGUAAAUUUACAUUUCCGGAAGAGAAAAAAGAAGAAGAGAUAUAUGAUAAUUAA